AUGUCCUGGCGAGACGACAAGAGCUUCGAGGGCCUCGAGCCGGAGGGUGGCGGUACUCGUGGCCGCGGCGCCGAGGUGCGCAAGGGCGGCGGACCCGGGCUAACGUUCACACGCAACGUACCCAAGUUCCUCCAGUCCUUCCAGGACCCUGUCGCGCUCGACCACGAGGCGAGCUUGGCCUUGAAGCGGCCCAACCCGAUCCCGGACGACGACGACGACGACGAUGAACUCGACGAUGUGCAGAAAGAGGCCAUUGCAGCGUACGAAGCCGCCGAGAAGGAAAAGGACAAGCCGACGGAGGAGAGUGCGGGCGACGCGCCAGCAGCGAAGCCGAAGCGAAAGGCGCCGCUAUCGUUCUCGACCACCAAGAAGGACAAUGACGUUGACACCAAGCCUGCGAAGAAGAAGCGCAAGGCCGUCAAGGACACGAAGCUUCUUCCGAUGAGUUAG